AUGUCUAGCUGGGAGACGACAGCCAGGAGGCUGCAGAGCAAUGCGACCGCCAGCUCAACACCAAGUUCUUUUCAUAAGAACUUACCACUGCUACCUAAGCAAAAGACGAAGGCUGGAGUUACGACUGAUGUUCAAGAUCUUGGUUCCGAAGAGGAAUUUUCAAGGAGGAAAGGAUGGAAACCGCUAUCUCUGUCGACGCCGAUAUUGCUUGCUGUAGUCGUCCUCACGAUCCUUCUCGCCGUUGCCGUCGAAACGAUAGCACAACGAAGUGCUUCCCAAGGUGGCCUCGCCCUAUCGCCUACCCUCGACGAUAUGCCGGAGUACGCCAAGUUCAGCUAUCUCUAUGUGCCGACUAUCAUCGCCGUAUUUUACAGUAUGAUAUGGAGUUGGAUUGAUUUGGAUGUCAAACGAAUGCAACCGUGGUUCGAGUUGUCUAAACCCGAUGGCGCCACCGCCGAAAACUCACUGUUCCUGGACUACCAAUACGAUUUUGUGGCUCUGGUCCCAUUCAAGGCAGCAAAGAGGAAACAUUGGCCUGUCUUCUUUGGAGGAACUGCCAUGGUAAUUGUUUUCUGGGCAAUAACUCCCCUGCAGAGUGCCCUGUUUGGUACAGGGGUUAUUCUACAGACAGACGUUGUGCCUCUAUUGAACAGGUCCCAGCUGAUUCCUGUAUCUCAACAUGAAGCAACAUUGGAUCCCCAGUUCCUCAACACUGGGUAUGCCAUAGCAUGGCUCGGUCAACAACUUCCUGCUUUUACGACCUCAAAAUACGCCUUACUCCCAUUCUACUCCGAUAAGAGUAACGAAAUUGCUCAACUCAAGCCCAAUGCGUCGGUUGAGUCAACUAUCAGUGCUGAGACCACCAAGAUGUGGACAGAGCUGUACUGUUGGCCAUCUGGUAUUCAAAGAAUUGGCCCUCGGGAAAAACAAGAGUUCAGCUUUCUCAAUGGGCAAGGCUGCAAUACAACUAUAGCUUACGGCGUAGGGAAUAAGCGUAAAAUGCUGUAUAUCGGCUUCUACACAAGCCCUUACUCAGAUUACUGGCUCGGCGGACCUCGUUGCCCAAGGACGCCCAAUUCAACACAUCAGUUCUUAGCUGUUUGGACAAAGCCGCUACCCGUCAAUUGGAGCCCAGUGCCAAUGUACAAUAUCUCAUCCAUGUGGUGUCAGCCUUCCUACUACAAGCAGAGGGUGCUUGCUACGGUGAAAGCAGGGUCUCACCAGCCAAUCGACGAUGCCAUGCAGGAACUAGCUCCUAGGGAAGAACUGACAGAGAAUGAAUUCAAUUCUACAGCAUUUGAGUUUCUUCUUGGCAAUGGCAUGGCACAAGAGCCUAUCGUCAGAGACUGGCCUUUCAACAAAGUGGUGGAGCAAAACCCCAAAGUGAAUUACACAGGCUUUUUCAGGCCAGUUUCGAACAUGGUUGGUUUCGCUUUGGCCGGUAGGAACGAAACAGCCGACGACUACGUUCAUCAUGAUCUGAUAAACGAAGUUUAUCAAAAUGCGCAUCAAUUUCUCUUCUCUGCCGCUAUCCCAUAUCUUCUCGUGAACUCCACGAAGAUGUCAAAUAACACGGCUUCAAUAGAGUACUUCAAGGCCGGCAUAAUAGUCAGCAGGACUUUUGCGACCACUGUUGAGGCUCUUUUGGCCAUUGUUGCCAUAUUCACGGCCGUCGUCCUUUGGUUUUGUUGGAAAGCACCCAGCAACUUGCCUGUCAACCCUUCUUCCAUCCGACGAUAUAUAGAAUUCUUCGGCAACAGCCCUGAACUACUUCAUGCUUUCCAAACACUAGACCAUGCAGAUGACAAAUCAUUGUUGGAAGAGUUUCAGAUGGAAAAGUUUCAGCUCUUUUCAAACAGCCAGUCUGGUCAAGCGCACAUAUCUAUGCAUUCCGGUCUUCGAGACAAUGCAACAAGUGACAAGACUACUUUCCAAAGGGGCUAUUACGAUCCUGUGAGGCCAUUGGUUUUGCAACGAUGGGUCGGAGUUCUCUUUGUAGCAGCUCUCGUUGGUGCUAUGAUAUUCUUAUCCUACUUAAAGGAUCAAGAGGCUCGAUUGAAUGGACUCAUCCGCCCCUCGGAUAACUUUGAAGUCCUACAGAUCCUGGAGAACUACAUACCUACCAUCUUUGCAACUUUGAUAGAGCCUCUCUGGGUCCUCUUGAAUCGCUUGCUUUGCGUUUUGCAGCCUUUCAAAGACCUCUGGGAAGGAAAAUCGAAAACGUCGAAUUCGAUCGACACCACGUACACCUCAAUCCCACCUCAGUUGGUUUUCUGGAGAGCUAUCAAGUGCAGACAUUUCGUUCUCAUGGGGGUAUGCACUAUGGCAUUGCUUGCUAACCUCCUUGCUGUUGGUCUCGGUUCCCUCUUUAAUGAAAACAUCAUGACCGCAUCCUAUCCAGAAGAAAUGUCGCCAGUCUUUGCACCACGAUUCGAUAACCAGUCAGUCCAUGAUUUGGGCACCUCUAUUCUCGAAUUGGUCGUCACAACGAGUCAGUACGAGGACCACAUGUACGUGGCAAUGGCAAACAUGACUUCAGGGACAUCGCUUCCGCCCUGGAUCUCUCAGGAGUAUCACUUUCAACGGCAUGUGCUCCGAAACUCCGAUAGAAACAAGACCGGAAACACAUUCACUGUUAGAACAAGGGGAUAUGGGGCUAACGCCAACUGCACCACGGUACCGGCGUUCAACCUACCUAUAUAUCCAUCCGUCCCCCGCGAAUGGAGCGGCAGUGACAUGAACUUGAGUAGAUGUGCAACUAUUGACGAUGUUAUCAGCCAUAUAGGACCGGACAUGCGCCAGUCUAUGAACAAUCGAUCGAGAGGAGUUUCGGCAGUGGAAUAUCUCGCAAGUGUUGAAAACAAAUUUGGAACUACGCGGUGCGGUGCAACGCUGCCCUUGGGAUGGGGUCGCAAUAGGAAGGCAGAGGAUGUCAACGGCACUAUGGAAGCAUCCUUUUUGAUCUGCAAGCCAGUAUUCGAAACGGCCAUGUUCAAUGUCACGAUCGACCAUUUUGGACAUGUCCUCUCAUAUGAGAGGACUAGCGACCUCGAGAAUACUCUGGACCGCGACAGUACAGAAAACCAUACCGACAUAAUCUUUCAUGCCGUCAACACUCAAUUCGAUCAGUCUCCGGGUUGGCAUAACGACACGACCUCCAGAGACUGGAUGAAUCACUUCCUCAUGGUUCGCAGGGGGUCACGGGCUAUUCUUGAUCCACACAAACCGUUGCCAGACCCAGAUGAGUUGAAAUCCGAUGUCAACCACAUCUAUCGCCAGGCCUACGCCAUCAUGCUUGGUCUGAACGAACAAAUUUUCCAGAGUGGCGAGAACGAAGGCUCCGUCACGGCAACUCGACAUGUCAGAGAGACCCGGAUUUUCAUGGAACAGGCGUCUUUCAUUAUCACCAUGGCAAUUCUUGCCAUCAACACUCUCGUUGCAAUAGUAUUCUACGUGCGAGCUGUUGCAUUUGUUCUUCCACGGAUGCCAACAACUCUGGGCGCCAUCAUUGCUUACGUUGCCCCGAGCCGGUUCGUGACUUCAUCCUAUAGAGAAGCACCAGGCCAUUCGAAUCGGACUGUCAGCUUUGGAAGAUACAUUGGAAUUGACGGGAAUGUGCAUAUUGGGAUUGAGGUAGACCCUCAUGUUGUGCCUAUAGAUCCACUAUCGCUUGGAUCGCAGGACGUUGUGUCAAUAUUCCUCCGGAAACGUCGCUUGCAAUCCACAGACAAGUAUGUUCGUACUGAUACAUGGCUAUGA